AUGGCGCUGCUAUCGCCACCCUCCGCCCCGCCCCUGCUCACGCCAGCUCGCCACCGCCUCGCCUCUCCCCAUCUCCUCGCCAUCCCGGCGUCACCGAGCUCUCUCCUCUCCCUCCCCCACCACCACCACAGCCUCCUCCUCCCCUGCGCUGCCAACGCCUGGCCGUCCCGUCGGCACCGUCGCCGCGGCGGCAUAGCCGCGUCGCUCGGGCAGGAAGAACCUGGAGUCUCCGACGCCCCCAUCACCUCCGAAGGGGAGUUCGGAGAGGGCGACUCCGAGCUGCCGAUCAACUUCGAUGCAGAGGCAGGCGCGGUCGCGGUUUCCGCCGAGCCGCCGGCGGACGCCAGCCUCGAGGACUUGGAGAACAUACGCGAGAUCAAAAGGGUGCUGGAGCUUCUUCAGAAGAACAGGGACAUGACCUUCGGCGAGGUUAAGUUGACUAUCAUGAUUGAGGACCCUAGAGAUGUAGAAAGGAAGAGAUUGCUAGGCAUAGAGGAUCCUGACGAACUUACCAGGGAUGAUUUAGCUGAUGCUUUGGUUGAGGUUAAUGAAGGACGAAUUCCAGAGAAUCGUGAUACUCUUAGGUUGCUUGCCAAGGAGAUGGCAGAAUGGCCCGAUGUUGAUGUAAAGAUAGAAAGUCAAAAGGGCAAGGGCUUCUUUGGCAGAUCUGUCUAUGCAAAGGCCACAGAUACUGGCAUUGAUCCUGUGGCAGCUGCUAAAAGACUUAACAUCGACUGGGAUUCUGCUGCUGAUAUAGAUGAAGGAGAGGAUGAGGAUGAAGAAGAUGAAGUUCCUUCAGCAGUGGGAUAUGGUGCUCUGUAUCUGUUGACAGCUUUUCCUGUCAUUAUUGGAAUAUCAGUUGUGCUGAUCCUUUUCUACAACUCUCUACAGUAG